AACAGUAUGAUGUGGUGGGACCUGCAGAUCCUGUAUUUGCUGUAGCUGGUGAAGAUGUGAUUCUGCCCUGUUCAGUCAAACCCAACAUCAGUGUUGUGGACAUGAGAGUGGAGUGGUUUAGACCAGAUCUGAAAGACUCACUAGUGCAUCUCUAUGAGAAUCAUGAAGACAGAAAUACAGAUCAGAUUCAGUCCUACAGAGGGAGAACAAAACUGAAUCAUCAAGAACUACAGAGAGGAAACGCAUCACUCAGACUCUCAUCAGUCCAAGUCUCUGAUGAAGGACAUUACAGAUGUUUUAUUCAGUCCAAAUCCUGGUAUGAUGACACAACUGUUGAUGUCAUUGUUGAAGUUGUAGGACGUCCUCCAGUGAUCACUGUAGAUGGGUUUGAUCAUUCAGGAGGGCUUCAUCUACAGUGUGAAUCUGAAGGUUGGAAUCCUGAACCUGAUCUUGAGUGGCUGAACAGUGAAGGAGUCAGUUUGAGUUCAGAAAAAACAGAGAUGCAAAGAAACACAGGUGGUUUCAGUGUGAAACACACCAUCACUGUACAUCACAGAGAAGACAAGAUUCACUGCAGAGCCAAACUGAGACAUCACGUGCUGGAGACACUGAUUGUGACCUCAAGUAAAAGUUUUAAUCCUUGGAGGACAUCAAUCAUCUUGAGCUCAAUUGCUGUUGUGCUCAUUCUGAUAGCUGGAAUACUGAUAUAUUUGUUUGAUCAUAAAUACAAAGGACAGUGUAUCUUAGGUCAGCUUGAUCACCUUCUGUUGCCUUUGUUUUGAAUUUCUUCAGAACAUGACAAACUACAGAAUGAGAACAAG